UUCAAUUUUCUCCCAAUCAGCGUCCCGUGAACCGUCCUCUUUCGGUCGUCUUGUGAUGAUAGACUUCCUGAGCCAACACUUUGCCGGGCGGCGCCCUGAGCAACACAGACUGGUAUCGCUCACCAUCAACAGAAGAAUCGAAAAUGAAAUCGUCGCUCCCACACCCACUUUUGAACCACACAAAAGGGGCCUGCCGAGGCCCAGAGUAAUCCUGACUUUUCCCGUUUGCUCUCCCCGUCAACUUCUCUUCUCUUCUGCCUCUCGUUGAUACCAUGGUCACCGACGACCUGCCAUGGCCUGAACUCGGCAACGUCUCGCGCGGCGCCACCAGAGGCAACCAGGGCCAAAAGGGCGUCCUCGGCCUCCCAGACGGCGAGGGUCGCGCCAUUCUCCAGCUGCGCGUCCAGCCCGGCGUGCUGCCCGUCAAGCUGAACCGCCAGGCGACCGAGUGGUACCGCAUCCUGGACAACGAGGUCAACCGCGCGCUGAAGCUGACCAAGACGUACUGGCGCAAGGCGCGGCGGCGGCAGGACUACGACGCGCGCGCGGACCAGGACCACAUGGAGCUGCACGAGUGGCUCCAGCAGCUGAAGGACAAGGUCAUGUCGCACCUCGAGCUGCUCAUGCAGAAGGGCGAGAUCCAGGGGCCGCCGUACAUCAUGCCCGACAACGUCGAGCUCACCUUCCUCCGCAAGUUCAUCGAGCGGCAGGCCGCGGGCAUCCCCCACAACCCGCGGCUCCGGCACGGCCAGGUGCCGACCCAGUCGCCGCGCACCGUGCAGAGGUACAUCGACGAGAAGCUGCUCGAGGGCAGCUCGACCUCGCCGUCCAUGAGCUGGGACGCGGUGGACGAACGAGGGUCUGCUGCCUCGCCCGCGAUGGGGUUCGGCGACAUGCAGUCGGUCGUGUCUGAAGUCGAAACCAACCGCAAGCAGCUGCGAAGCGCGCGAGCCGCGCUGAGUCGGGCACAGCGGGAGACACAGGAGUCAUUCAAACGUUACAAAUCCUGCCUUGAUGUUGAAGCUGCGGCUAUGCAGCAGGUGGUGGCUGCCGAAGAACGUCGGGACGCACUCAUGUCGUCGCUGAUGGAAGCCUGUCGUCCGGACGGUAGUGAAGCGUCAGAGACCUCGUCGAGAAAGUCGCCGUAUGCGGCAGAAGACCCGCAGGCAUCUGCGGUGGAGCACGGCGAAAUCAGGACGAGUCCCAAGCAGAGUCACGACCAGAUAUCAGGGCUGUAUAAGCCUAAUGGUGUCCCUUCUCAGGAAUCGGUCGGCGGCUGGAGAGCGAUGAGGGAGAUGCAGCAGCAGUGGGGCCAGCCCGAUCCACAUAGCAUGGCGGGCGGCUCGGGAAUGGGGGCCGUGGGCCAGUCUGCAUAUCAUUAUUCGGCCGCAGCGCAAGAUAUCGCGAUGGACGUCCAGGGGCUUGCCAGCCGCAAACAUUCCCGCAGCUGGGACAUGGCCCCAGGGCAGCCAGAAAUCGAGGUAUCUAGCGCUAUGUACUUUCAAAUGGCGAAACCUUAAUUCAAUCAUGCUGCUUUUUUUCGCUCAGGAUUACCUACCGCCCCAUAAGCGGUAUCAUCUCGAGUCGGGCGACAUGGUGGGUGCAUCCAGACCGACAUCAGCGCUACGGCGCGUGUCGUUCCCAUCCACGGCGGCAUGACGCUGACCGUCAUUCCCGUCUCUUGUCUUCCCAGUUCUGAGCGGUGCUUCGCUUUUUGUUGGUACGCAUCACUAUGCCUUUUACGCUACAUCCACGCUCCACGGACGAUCUCGUAUUUAUUCUGUAAUGUAACCCCUGGCUUUCGCAUUGCUAUCAGAGCUGUGUAUUUAUCAUUUCUUCGUCAUCUACGUCAUGUCAUGUACCCAGUUGCAGCUAGUCUUUUAUGUAUUCGAAUUGCCGACGCAUCUCGGCACUCUGAUGUAUGUCUUCAGCUCGCGAGUCGCGAGCCAAUAGAGCAUCUUUCGG